GAUCUCCCGCCGUCGUUGAAGGGGUUUCGACGAUCGAAAUCAUCGCGGCGUGACCGGAACAUUGCAAUGUUAUGCUAGUCUGAUGGUGCUUUGUGGGUAACUGUUCUUUCUGUUGUGGCCAAUGUGCUUGCAAUGUCCUGAUAUUGUGAUGCUUUCUCGAAGAUGUGUUAAUGUUGGUAAUGAUCGGGUUGUUGAGGACCAGGUCCGAUGGAGAAGGAAGUCUCGGAGGCCAAUCUGGGUGUGCUUCACAGAGUUCGUCAGUGAAACCAGGGAAUUGAUCGUAUUCUACUCCAACGCCAUAGAGAGGGUCAUACGCUUUCCGAUCGUGCUAUCAUACUUCCGAAAUCGGCUGAGAUGCACCGUCACUGUCACAAACACCUUCCCGGAGUGCUACUCCGAGCCAAGUCCACAACGACAGGCUCACGACGUCCGCUUCGAAGACCACUGGGUUGACCAUAAGACCCCGUGCUGCAUCCUAUUAGUACUCUCCGUACGGCGGAUAGUAAUAUCCACCAUCAAGCCUUGCUUCGUAGUGCAAGUUACCGGAUCCGCUCCGCCAGUCGAAGCUGGGACCUAUUCGACUCGGGAAGUCUCCGGGAUAUGAGCCACUCAACACUCCAGAUCCGGCGUUCCAGAUUGAAGACCAUGACCCGCGAGCUGGUUGAUGCCGCAUGUUGUUC